AUGCGUUCCUCAAUUAUCUUCCUUUCAGCUCUGGCUACUGCUGUCAUGGCUGACAAUUCCACUGACACUUACACCUUCCCCGCUGGCUUCAAUAUUGGUCUGGUGGAUAGCGGCACCCUGAGCUCCUGGUGCUCUGCUCAGCGCAACACCUGCCCCGAUCUUUGCUCAAGUGGUACCAAGCUGAACUCUUGCGACCCGACCACCCUGAAGUUCAGCUGUGUCUGCAGCGAUGGUUCAACCCCAAAUGUGACCUCCUACAUUCAGACCGUUCCUUUCUACGUCUGCCAGGCUACUUACGGCCAGUGCAUCAACUCGCACCCCAACGAUGCUGAGGGCCAGCGCGCCUGCAAGCAGGCAUCGGCCGACUGUGGCUCCAAGAACGCAAGUGCGGUGACCACCACCUCUUCUGCUGCUGCGACUUCGGCCAGCGCUACGAGCACUCUGGCAUUGGCCACUACGACCGAUUCUUCCACCACUGCCACUUCCUCCGUCGCUGCUGCCAGCACUACCACCAACGCUGCUGUGGCCCUCGGUGAUCUGACCCAGUACUCCACUGGUCUGAUGGCUGGUCUCAUGUUCGUUGCUGCGCGCAUGAUCCUGUAA